GAAGAGUUUUGCGUGGCAUGCAGCUAGCUGUUGAAAUGUACGUGUGGAAGUAAAGGUGCCGAUCUCGCGAGUACGAGUGUCUGCUCAGGAAUCAUCGGAUCGUAUCCUAAAUCAAGUUCUUUGAUUUGACAUUAAGGUCUACUGCUAGUAAUUUCAGCACGAUUUCAUGAAAACUUUCAUUUUCAUCCAAUGAUCGGAGAUGUAAUUCUGCUACAAUUUUUCGGCUAAACCAUCCCGCCUCUAAGCUAGCAUCACCAUGUGGCCAUGGAACAAGACUCUUCCAUAGUGGAGGAAGGAGCAGACAACCCUUACGUCACGCAGUAUGGAGAUCCUUACGAUGACUAUCCUAUAUUCACCGCCCAUGACUCCGAUCUUAACCUGCUAGGUAUAGGACUACGUUCCGGGACUUCCACAAGUGGGUCCCUCUCUGAACUAGACAUCUCCCUUCCAUCAACAGACCUGGACUUGGAGACGAGAAUCUUUGGAAGGCAGAAGAAGAAGACUGCGGAUGUGACGCAGAAGCGGAACAGCUUAGGGCCAUCAGGAAACUUCGUCCAGGAACCAAGAAAAGCAGGAAGUGCUUCAAGACGUUCCCUUCAUAUGGGUGACUCCGAUCCAGAGGGUCAUGUUUUUCAUCCGGAGAUAGUGCCAUUUGAGCCGUCAAAAAAUCCUUUUACAAACAGCCCAAAAGAUCCAAGGAAGCUGCUAGAAUCUAAAGGAGAACAAUCCUCUGUCAAGUCUGAUCCCAACACUGCAAGAUACCUGAAGAUUCUGAUUCCGCAGAGGGACUCUCUCACAGCAGAAGAACCGACUGCAGAGACCUCUGUCAACCUUUUUGAAUCGCUCAACAUAUCUGCUGCUGAACGGCUCCUCUUGGAGAGCCCCACAGACUCCCCAUCUCACUUCAAACAGGCACAGCUCCGCCUGGACACUGCAGAUUCCGAGCUUGAAGGAUCCUUCGUUGGACCGGAGAAAGAUCACCUGCUCCUCUCCAGUAGUACUCCAAGAAAACAAGACUUCACAGUGUAUCCAAACCAAUCUAUCCAUAAAUCAGACUCAAGAUCUUCUCAAGAUAUUAAAACAGAAAUAUUUGAUUUUGAGGCAGAGUUGAAGAAACUUGUAGUGGACAUUUAUUCAGACAGGGAACCAGACUUUGCUCCUGUACCAGGUUCUUCAAGCAGCAAGGAGUGCGUACAGUCAACUGAUUUCAAAAUGAGCGAGGCCAGAUCAGAAUUGGAGAAAGCAUUCGGUGGAGGUGAUGAAUUCAUAACUCCGUAUCAGAAGACCCAAGAACCCCCCAAGAUGUCCGAGGACACCUUCCAUACCAUGGCCAAUGCGUCGGACGCCAUGGCGCUCCAGAAGUCUGUAGUUGGGGAUUCGUCAGUGAAACCAGCUAGCAUGGACGAGAUAGCUGCCAUUCUAGCGUCUGUCAAGCAAGGGGCGUAUCAGAGAGACCAAUCACUGAGCAGUAUCAAUACUACCCUCCAAUCAUCGUACAAUGAUAACAUUUCCCUCGACGAUGAUGCUCCAUAUGAAAAGGUGUACAAUUCAAUGUCUUCACUAGAUGAAACACCAUCAAGAAUACCUGCAGACUAUGUGGAGCCUGAGGUUACCCCUUCAGAAGUGAAUGGAAUAGACCCUUCAGGAGAACCUGGGCAUACCCACCCAGGCAAAGAGGGUGAGAACACUUCGGAAAGAGGAGGCACAGCACCCACCCAACAGGAGGGACCUCAACCCGAAUCACAAGAGAAGAAAGUGGUGACGACGAAGAAGAGACCAACUUCCCUUCUGGCUCAAAAUACCACCAUGGCCAUUAGCAGUGCAAUAGCUCACAAGUACAAAGUCCCCCCUCAUGAUGAAGCGCUGUCACCCAGCAGCAUUACAGCACCAAAGGAACCCAUGCUCUUCAGGAGCCCAGUGGCGGCCAUCACCUCUGCAAAAGGAGGGAAGAUAGCUAUCAUGGAGGGACUGGAGAAGACGAAACCAAAAAAGAAGAAAGGAAAGAAAGGUGCAAAGAAGAAUGCCCUGAGUACCAGGAUUAUGUCAGACACGGAUACAGAGCCACCUAGCGAUACAGAGCUGAUGGCUCAGAGGCAGGCUGAGAACGAAAGCAGAACAACGCCUACUCCAUCCGAAGAUUCCACGAGUGCAAGAGACCAAGUCGCGACCAGCGAUCCUUCACAACCUUCCCAACAGAACAAACAAGAAGAGGAGGAACCAACGAGAGAGAGCUCAGAAGUGCCUCCCACCAAAUCCCAAGUAAUAGCCAGUGAACACUCAGAAACAGCAUCCUCACCCCCAGGAAAUACUACACAAGUACCUGAGCAAGUGCCUGAGCAAGUGCCAACCUCCCCUCCAGAUCCGGCACCAACCCAGCCAACUCCGGAGCCUUCAUCUGGGUCCUUCCUGGGUUCCCUUUUCCCCUGGGGUCGGAGGUCGGCCGAUAAGCCAGCUACACCAGGUGGGGGAGGAGUCAACGAUGCAGGGUUCCCAGCCAAUCAGGUUGCAGCCUCCUCUCCAUCGACCAAUCAGGAUGAACCAGCGAGGGGCGGGGCUAAGAAUGUCAGCGCAAUGGAUUCUGAUUUGCAUAGUGACAGUGUCGAUUCGGGAGUUGGUUUUGUUGGGGGAGUGAAUGGAGAUAUUGGGACACCUUCUGGGCAAGUCCAGACACCGCAACCUCUUUCUUCUUCCACACCCACCUCGACUAAUAACAGGAUAGGGAGAACCGAUGAGAUUGUGGCUAGGCAAGAAGCCCCACAGUACAGCCAGGCAGCUCCUACCACCAACCCUCUCCAGCAAGCAUCAAGUGUAGGCACUUACACCAGGCAGUCCCAACCACCACCAACCCUCAGGAACAGCCAGGCUAGGCCAGUGGACCUGGGGAGGUUAAAGUCAACACCCUUGCCAAGAGCCUCUUCUUACCAGAGUUCAAGGUAUUCUUCUCCCUUUGAGGAUGAAGGAGGAGAGGAGGACUUGCAGACUGUGCUGAGAGAGAAGGCCAAACUCGAAGGACAGCUAGAGAUGCUAACAGCUGAGACCGAGUCAGCUCUGCAGGCCAGGACACAUCUACAGAGCCAAGUAGCCAUUCUACAAGCAAAGCUCAAGGCCCAGGGAUCCAGAGGAGAUGUCUCCAGCCACAAUCGCUCCACCCUGGAGGCCGAUAUCCGCUCUUUGAAGCAGAACAAGUCUGAGCUAGAGCAGGCCAUAGCACAGCUCCAGGUGGAGCUAGACCACAAGGAGGCUGACCUGGAGGGUCUACGGAGGGAGCUCCAUACAUCGGAGGCGACCACGCAGAGACUGCGGGGCAAGCUGGAGGAAGUGAAGAGGGAGAUGGCCGGUAAGGAUGCCUCCGUGUCUCAGCUUCAGGACAGGAUGGCCGUUAUGCAAGGACAGGUGGACCAAGCAAGACAGGACCAAACGACGGCUGGGGCCAAGCUCUCCUCCUUACAGACUGAUGUCGAGUCCUUGACCAAGGCUAGGGACUGGUUCCAGGAACAGCUAGGCUUUGCCCAGGAGACCAGGAACCAGCUCCAGGAAGAGCUUGGAGCUUCCCAGAUCAAGAUCGCUUCUCAGACUGCUUCAAUUGAGAAUCUCAAGACUGAUAACACAAAGGUGAAGCAGCAACUGAAAGAAGAGAGACAGCGCAUGCUGCAGGAGAAGGAACAGAUAGCUAAGAACCUUGAGACCAUUGAAGCGGAUAUCUUCACCAGAGAAGCCACUUUCUCAGCCAUGCAGAGGGAGAAAACCGCUGUCCAACAGGCCGUAUUCAGCCAGAUGGACCAGAUGGAAGAAGAGAAGUACAGGUUGGCAGGCCUGAUAGCAUCAGCGUCUGAGUUGGAGAGGCAACUGGACGUCGCUCGACAGGAGUUAGAGGCCAAGCAUGCUGCCCUAGUGAGUCUGGAGGCAGAGAAGAGAGAGCUGGUCAAGGGGUUGGCCCUUGCGGAGGAAGCAUUGGCGGCCCGGGAAACUGAAAUGGCAGCCUUACAGAUGAAGUGCAAUAAUGUAGAGCAGAAACUAAAGGAGGAGCAAGGCAAGUCAACAGGACAGGACGAUGAUGUCCGUCAGCUCAGAGCAGACAAGGCUUCCUUAGAGGCAGCUCUGGCAAGUGCCAACGAAGAGAAGCGCACGUUUGAUGACUCCCUGCAGAAGCUACGUGGAGACCUCAGUCGGGUGGAGACGGGCUUCAAGCAAAUGCGACAAGAGCUUGGUGCAAAGACAUCAGAGCUGGAGGCUGCUCAGAUGGAAGGGCAGCAGGUGAGAGAACAGCUCAAGGUCGAGGAACAGCAGGUGGAGGCCCAGGAGGCUAACCUGGAGGCGUCGAUUGCAGCCAUCGGAAACAAAGAUGCCAUCAUUGAUGAGCUCCUGGAAGCCAAGGGACAACUGGAGAAGGAGAUCCAGGGGCUGAGGCGAGACAUGCAGAGCACACGUCAUUCCCAGGAGUCCUCGGCACAGGCCAACGCCGGCCUUCAGGUUGAACUGUCCAAAGCCAGGGAAGGUUUCCAGAUGCUGGAGCACCAACUCCAGAAUGCCUUAGCAGAGAAUGCCAACCUCCAUGGCCAGCUGGAGUCUCUGAGUGAGGAUCAGAAGCAGCUGGAAGGCCUCAUGGAUGAGAAUGCGGCACUUCGCCAGAGGUCAGCGGACACCCAGAGCUCCAUGCAUCGUGACCUGGGAGAGCAGAAGGCCAAUGUCCUGCGCCUUGGUACGGAUUUGAGCAAUGUCCAGAAGGAGCUGAGACAGAAGGAGCGUGCGUAUGAAGCUCAUUUGGGAGCUCUAACCAUUCAGCUCCAGGAUACAUCCGUAGCUAAGGAUCAGGUAGAAAGGGAACUCCAUGAGCGAACUGCUGCUGUGGCUCAACUUAGCAAAGAGGAACAAGACAAACUCUUGAAUGAGUUACAGAGUAUGAAGCAAGAUGUGGAUGUGUUGAGGAAUGAGAGGAACCGACUCAAUGAUGAAGUCCAGGAUCUCAGAAGAAACAUGGAAGACGAUACAGAAGCAUACAGGAGGAAGAUCGAUGAGUUAGAGGCAGAGCUACAGGAUUUAAAGGAAGUCUUGGACCGUCAGAGGAGAAAUGAGCUGAACAAUCGCGCCCUGGCUCUUGACUUGGAGCGAGAGAGAGGAAGGUUAGCAGGUGUGCACCAGAGUCACUCGGCCCUCAAGCAGCACACAGGAAUGCUGGAAAGUGCCCUCGCCCAGCGAGAGAGUGCGGUAGAGGAGCUGUCUGCCGAGCUGACAAGUACAGCCCAGGAGAGGGCCAAUGAGAACUUGCGUCUUCAGAAACUUGUCCGUGAGAUGGGAGCGGUGCUGGAAAAGGAGAAACAAGCUACUCAGGACAUUAAGAAACAGUUUUCCAGUGAGAAGGGCCAAUGUAAUCAGCUACGGCAAGACCUGGAGACCUUACAGGGUGAUUCUCAGGAGAUCCGAAGUGAAGCCAAGCAGAAGGAAGACGAGAUGAAAGCCCUGAAAUCAGAGUUAGCAAGACUGAAACAGAACGAGGAGAAACAGAAGAAAGAAGGAGAAGAGAUGAGGAGACAUAUUGAAGCCAAUAAGAGUCACAUGGAGAGAUUAAAGAGACAUCUUAAAGACAAGGAUGCACAGAGCCCUGUACUUGAAGAUCAAAUGAAGACAUUGGCAUGGCAGAGCGAGCAGAAGACCAGAGAAGCAGAUGCUUUGAGAGAACAACUCGUGCUAGCAGAGAAAAGACAACAAAUAGAAAUGGAUGGAGUCAAGACUAACCUACAGAUGACAAAUAAAGAGCUGGAUGGAAUGAAGAAAGAGCUUGCAUCAACAAGGAAAGAGAAGUUUGCUUUCCAAGCCAAACUGAGUCAACUCAAAUCUGCUCUCCAGGCUACAUUGCAACAGAAUAAACUUCUGAAAGCCAAACUCAAGUCCAAGAGCCGAGUGGCAGCCACCAUGGGCAAGCCAGGGGCAGAUGGGGCUAGCCAGGGUGACGGCAAGGGGCCAGCGGACGACAUCGUGGUACCCGAGAUCGCCUAUGAUGUGGAGUCGUUACUCAACAGUGAUGUGGUGGAAGGGGUGUCGGCCAGUCAUAGCAGACCGCUGCAUGCCAUCCAGUCCUGCUUACAAAACAUCAAGGAUCAGAUGGGUGCCCUGGAGGACCAGAUGAAGGAACACACGGCCGCUGUUAAUACCUCAUCAGAGGCAUGGAAAGAGGUCGGUGAUAAAGUGCGUGACCUGCGGAGGGCCAGCAUUGACCCCAUGACCCCAACUCCAGGCUUGCUUCCACACAAGCUCCCUAACGGGUCAGCUCCUGGAGCCCCAGCUCAAAAAAUGACCAAUGGAAAGUCAUCGGGAUCACAGAUAUAUGACCUAUAAUCUACCCAGUCUUACCUGAUUGAGUGUCUGUCUGUUUAUUUCACAAACCUUUGUCCUUUGUCCACUGCAAAAUAAAAAUAAUU